UUGGUUCGUGAGGCGGCGGGAAGGAAGGAAGGAAGGAAGGCAGAAGGGAAGCCGCGGAGGAGGCAGGACCGACGCCACCGCCACCAUGACGGUGGGCAAGAGCAGCAAGAUGCUCCAGCACAUCGACUACCGCAUGCGCUGCAUCCUGCAGGACGGCCGCGUCUUCAUCGGCACCUUCAAGGCCUUCGACAAGCACAUGAACCUCAUCCUCUGCGACUGCGACGAGUUCAGGAAGAUCAAGCCCAAGAACUCCAAGCAGCCUGAGCGGGAAGAGAAGAGAGUCCUGGGCCUGGUGUUGCUGCGAGGAGAGAAUCUGGUCUCCAUGACAGUUGAGGGGCCACCCCCAAAAGAUACUGGCAUCGCUCGCGUGCCCCUGGCUGGAGCUGCUGGAGGACCUGGUGUCGGCAGAGCUGCUGGAAGGGGCGUCCCCGCAGGAGCUCCCAUGCCCCAGGCACCCGCAGGCUUGGCUGGCCCCGUGCGUGGUGUUGGUGGCCCAUCCCAGCAGGUGAUGACUCCUCAGAGCCGAGGGACAGUUGCUGCUGCAGCGGCUGCUGCAACGGCCAGUAUUGCAGGAGCCCCCACGCAGUAUGCGCCAGGCCGCGGAGGCCCCCCUCCACCUAUGGGCAGAGGGACCCCACCUCCAGGGAUGAUGGGGCCUCCCCCUGGAAUGAGGCCCCCCAUGGGGCCCCCGAUGGGCAUGCCACCUGGCCGAGGCUCCCCGAUGGGCAUGCCGCCUCCUGGGAUGAGGCCUCCUCCCCCUGGCAUGAGAGGUCCCCCUCCUCCUGGCAUGCGCCCACCCAGGCCCUGAGAGGUGACGCUGUGAAGGGAGCAGAAUUUGUACCUUUGGACUUGUGUCUUGAGGGAAUGGUGGGGUGGGGGGAUUGUGUGUAUGUUUUAUAUUUUGGGGGUUGUCAUGUUGCCCUUUCUAAUAAACACUGGGAAGUUUC